GAAGCAUCCCGCUGCCGCGCGCGCUUUGCUAAGCCGAGAGGCGCCGCGAGACUAAAAUCUAGCGUACGCAGUCUUGCCUUGGCAUGCAGGCAAAACGUCUUUCUUGCAAGGAAAGGCUUUUGCAAAACACUUGUCGUUUUUCAAAACGCUUCUAUCAAGCAAGACCUCUCAACACUUCUCAACAACGUCAGGAAAGCUCCUCUCCCUCUUCUCCACUGUACAGGACUCCGCAUCUUCCAGCUCGCUUAGCAAACAGCAAACAUGGCUGACGACGCCGCUGCCCCUGCUGAGGCUCCUAAGGCCGAGGAGACAGCAAAGCCGGCCCCCAAAGCCAAGGUGGCGAAGGCACCUAAGGCGCCUAAGGCACCAAAGGCACCAAAGGCAAAGGCUGAGCCCAAGCCAAAGGGCCCUCCUGCACACCCCACCUAUCUAGAAAUGAUCAAAGAGGCGAUUGUCCACUAUAAGGACAGGACAGGGUCAAGCUCACAAGCAAUUGAGAAGUACAUUGACGAACAUUACGCCGGCAAGUUGCCUCCCAACCACCACAAGCUCCUGGGCAACCAGCUGAAGAACUUGGCAGCGUCCGGCAAGCUGGUCAAGGUCAAGGCCAGCUUCAAGCUCGGCGAGGAGCUCAAGAAGGUCCCCAAGAAGAAGCCUGCUCCCAAGAAGCCCGCGCCUGCCAAGAAGCCAGCUGCUAAGAAGCCCAAGACUACCACCACUCCUAAGAAGGCCGCCACUCCCAAGCCCAAGACUGCUACAAAACCAAAGGCUGCCGCCAAGCCGAAAGCUGCUGCUAAGCCGAAAGCCGCUGCAAAGCCCAAGACUGCCGCGAAGCCUAAAACCCCCACAAAAGCUAAGGCCCCGGCUAAGCCUAAGGCCGCCUCAAAACCCAAGGCAGCUGCCAAGCCGAAGACAACAAAAGCAAAAGCCGCGAAGCCUGCGAAAGCCACUUAGAAGUACGUAGGUGUAAGUAUCGGAGUACUUGUUUUGCAAGCAUUGGCCUGAUGAUUGUGCUGAUGCCCGCUGACAACAUGCGUGUUGGCGGGGGGGGUUCUUUGGGACUGCCUUAGUGUAACAUAAACGAACAGAUGAAGCUUUGAUAGUGAGCGAUGACUAGCGGGGCUACAGUCAAUUGUAAAUAGGACGUCGGCCUUGGACAAAUCGUGUGAACAAUUGUCACACGUGUUGCGGUUCUGCAUAUGCAGUCAAGGUGUCCGGCUAUGAAGUCGGAGCUAAAGCAAUCACCACAUCUGUUUCAUUUCCAAGGCAGAGUGUUCUGGAUGAAUGCAUACCUUUAGAAUGGAC